AUGAAGGGGUGUAUGCAUAACAGGGUUGAAGAUCUGGAGAUAUUGGAUUUUUUCAGAGUUAAAUGUCGUAAGGUGAAGAUGUUGGAACCUGUUGAGUGUCUUUGGCAGCCUCCAAUGCAAAAUCAACUCUUCUUGUGCUGUGAUGGAGUUUCUAGAGGUAACCCAGGGGUGGCCGGAGCUGGAGUGGUGGCUAGGAAUUCAACUUGUGAAGUGGUGGGAGCAAUGUGUGUUGGCCUUGGUGUUAUUUCUAAUUUUUUGGCGGAAUUAUAUAGCAUUCUAAUUGGCUUAGAUUGGGCAGUUCAAUGGGGUUACAGAGAUGUGCUUGUAAGGACUGAUUCUCUGAAUGUUAUAACUUCUUUGGAAGGGGAUAAUAUUCCAUGGUUUGCAAGACAUAGAUGGUAUGAAGCUAAAGUCAAGUUUGAUUCUAUUCAAUUGGUGCAUACAGCUGAUAAGAUGGCAAAGACUGGUUGUUUUUUAGAUUCUGGAGUGAGACUCAAUUUUGUUGGGCGUCCUCUUUUGUUAAACUUAAUUGAGUAUCCUAAUGUUUCUUAUUUUCGUUUUAAAUAG